AUGGCAUCAUCUACAACAGAUACUAAUCUUAUUGAAUUGUUAACUAAUAUUUCAGAACAACUUAAUCGAUAUUUAUCAUCUUUUAUUUUUAUUUUUGGUACUGUGGGAAAUAUUCUUAAUUGUCUCGUUUUAUAUCAAAGAAGACUUCGUUCUAAUCCAUGUGUAGCACUUUUUCUUCUUUCAUCUUUUGUUAGUCUUAUUUCCAUUCUAAUUGGUUUGCCUACUCGAAUUUUAGCUAGUUGGUAUCUUGAUCCAACAGCAACAAUCAAUUGGAUUUGUAAACUUCGUGUUUUUAUUGUAUUUAGUACAAGAACAAUGUCCAUAUGGUUAAUUACAUUAGCUACAAUUGAUCGAUGGUUAUUAUCAUCUAUUAAUAUGUAUUAUCGACGAAUGAGUACUUUGAAAAAUGUCAAGCAAGGCAUGAUUAUUUGCUUUAUUCUAUCAAUUAUUUCUCACAUUCACAUGUUUUAUUGUUAUGAAGCUAAUGUCCUUGAUGGACCAUUGCCAUGUUAUUCAAAAACAAUUAAAUGUCGUUUGGUCACUGAUUUAAUUUAUAUCUUUAUAAGUAUCAUUAUUCCAUUGAUUUUAAUAAUUAUUUUUGGUCUAAUGACUGUUUCAAAUGCACAUCGUGUUCGUACUCGUGUACCACAUAUGAUAAAACUUUUGAAUAAAUUUCAACGUCAUGGACAUAAACAAUUAAAAUCAAGAAUUGAUCAUUGUUUACUUCGUAUGCUUUUAGUACAAAUAUUUAUUUUAAUUUUAUGUUGUAUUCCACAAGCUAUUGAAAAACUUUAUAUUAUAUUUCAUCCUUUCAGUUCGGGAUCUAAAUUAGAAAAUGUUAUAAAAAUUUUUAUUUAUAAUAUCGUACUACUUUUAGCUUUUAUACAAAAUGGUAUACCAUUCUAUAUUCAUACAUUAAUUGGAGGUACUAUUUUUCGAAAAGCAUUUAUGGACUUCGUACGAAUAGUUAAUCAAAGAAUAACAUUUUAA